AUGAGAAAGAAACCAGGAGGGACCAUGCAUUUGAUUCCGGCGACGUUGCUCGCCAUUCUUGUUGAGUUUACCAAGGCCUUCGUCAUCCCCAGGAACAACUUCAGUAGUACUACUACUACCAAUAUUGUUGCCGCCGCCGCGAACAUCGGCGGCGGAAGGGAUAGGGAUUGGCAGUCGGCAGUGCAAAACAUCAACGGCAUGAACUCAAUCCUCACCCUGCUCCCGGUCUUGACGGGCAAGGUGCAGAACAUCAAGCUGGUCGCGAGCCGCGUCUUUCCCGCGUCGUUCGUCGUGGCCGGCAUCGGCGCUGGCCGAGUGCUGUCCAAGUUGCAACUGGGCAUCCUCCUGUGGAGCUUCGAGCUCUACCGCAACACAGUGGCCGAGCUGUCGUACGCGCACGACGAAUACGUCAACCGGUUCAUGCCCAAACUUCGCCACAUCCCCUCGGGCGCGGGGGCGUCCGUCGACUGUGCGCCUGAGACAAAACAACCAUACGAGCUGUUGGUGGGAUCUGUCGUCUACCUCGCCCUUUACACCGCCGAGACCUUCCUGGCCGUCCAGAACGGCGCCGACGGCACGGCCCGGCUGUUGAUCGCCGUGCAGACCAUCUGCGUCUGCCUGUGGCUCGGGGCCGUCAUCUUGACCCAAGUUGCGCGCGGCCAGGGCAAGCCCCAGGUGCAGCUCAACCGCACAGGGUCCGCCGAGUACCGUUGCCUCCAGGUCCCGACAGCGGGCGAGCACGUCGUCUGCGAGGUGCUCAGUUUCCACCUCAAUAACCUCGGCGGGUUCCAGGUGUAUGGGGCCAAGUACGAGCAACCAAUCUUGAGGGUCGCGGGCGCCUUUGUACUCGUCAGUGGCAUCCUGGACGUCGUUUCCACCGUCCUGAUUGUUGGACUGACCACCUGGGCGUACCCGUGGAUUGGGAUCGAGGUCGUCAUCAUUCUCACCAAAGUCAUCUUUUGUCUCGAACCGACGCGGGAGAUUGAAAUUGCAAGUGUUAUCGCGGACGCCAACAACAACACAACAAGUGGAACGAACGGGAUCGGCGAUGAACCUCAUCUUCUACCUCUGAAGGUCCAACUCGGAGAUGGUCUCAGCUGCCACAAGGUCACGACCGACCGGAACAUCUUCCACGACCGCCAGACAGGUCUGGACUGGUGCUCGACCACAGCCGGGUUGUGGAUUGGACAGGGUUACAACGCCGUCGCAUCAUCGUCGAAUGACUCCGGCACCAACGACAGCACCUCUAAUACAAGGUACCUUGUGAUGGAUCCGCAACAGGAUCAACUCACCUUGCUCGUCGGCAACCAGCCGGAGAAGCAGGACAAUCAAGCAUUGCAGCGCGAGUUCUUGGCCGCGUUGGCGGCCGUGGUCGAAGCCAACGUGGUGCCGAGUCAAGAGUUCAUUGAGUCGAUCGAGCGAACUUGUCACAAUAUCGAGCAUACCAUGGCCACCAACUGGUACGCAUUCGGAUCCAAGGACGUGAUGGAUAAGAUCGGCAAGGCUCGACGCGAUCGGAGAUGGAGACACUAUCUCUGAAAUGGCUUUUCUUCCUUGCUGGCCCAAGUUGGACUUCUCACCUGCCCGAAUGAACGGAAAUAUUGGUACCAUCGGCGCGUCUCAGGGUUACCCACAUGGUAUUUAUUAAUGAAUGGAUUCUUUGUAAGGCUCCCUGAGUCAGCCAUCGAGUAAUGGCGUGACACGCUGGC